ACGAUUUCGACCGACCCGUUAACCUGGUUAAUUUCCUCUCUAUCAUUUCGCGGAUUUUUCAUUCUGCUAAUGAAAAUUCGAUCCUUUGCUAUAACGAGUUUCGAUUAGCACAUCUAAGUCCUUGAUCAUCUUAAAUCUUUUUUCUGUUUGUGAUUCUCGUUCUGUAAUUGGAAGGUCGCUCAAAGCUUUGGACUUUGUUUGUUAGGGUUCAUCCUCAAGGGGUUUUAUGAGAUCUUAGAAGCUAUGGGAAUGGCGUCCAUGAACUCUAGUGGUGAAAGCCUUAAACUUUGCGUGUUUGACUUGAGGAGAGGCCAAAACGAAGGACAGGAGCUCGACAAGAUCUUGUUCUUCUAUCCUCCUGAUGUAACCUUCUCCACUCAGCUCUCUGUUAUUGGGCUCAGCGAAGGGCUUAUCACAUUCACCAGACUUUUCUCCCCAGAGGCAGCUUGUGAGGUUAUAGAAGCAGAGAGACAUUCCCAUGUUUUCCAUGAAGCCGAGCCUGACAUUUGGAUGGUCAUGGUUGUAGAGAAAAAUAAGGAGAUUGAAGCCAUAUGGAGAGUUGAUGCAUUGCAGAAGGUGCUAAAGGAAGUUCAUUCCCUCUUUGUUAUGUUCCACGGAUCAAUUAGAUCAUUGCUUGAUAAAGAACCAUCUGGAGGGCUUAUCAGAUCUCACUUUUAUCCCUUCAUCACAGACUAUUUAAAUGAUCUUUCUGUUGGGAAGAAACUUCAGUUACCUUCCUUCCGUGAAACUCUGAAAGAGCGUGGUACAGUUCAGAUGCUUACUUUAGCAAGGGAUGCGGCGCUUGAAGUUCAGUCUCUUGUGGGAGUGCUGGAUUCAUGUGCUGGGACGCUACGAUGCCACUCUGUGAUUCUAUUUCACGACCUACUUGUGUCAACAACUCUAUCACCUGAUGAUACCGUCGACUUGUUUACAUUCUCUGUAAUGAGAUUGACCUCAAACGCGCUAUCUUCCGGCACGAGUUCCUGGUCAUAUCUACGCAAGGGAACCAGCUUAUCACAAACCUCUUCUAAAUCUACCUCACCGCAACUUCUUGUUUCAAGUGAUUCACUGCCUUCAGGAAACGGUCAUGACGCAGGUCGUGUUAUUAGGCCGUUACAGCACAAUAAGUGGAUAAAAGGGAAAGAUGGGUUUCUUGUAACCGAUAUCUGGGGUAAAGACGCGACACCAACGAUCUGGCUACAUCAGAGACAAGAGAGAGUUCACCUUUUAGCAUAUCAACAAAAAUGUCUCACCUUGGUUCUUCUCGUGCCUACCGAGGCCAUUGUUAAUGGAGAGCUGGACAUCUCGUUCGUGAAGCACCAAGUUAUUGAAAACGCAACUGCGAAAAUCUUGAAGGUCGAAGAGAAGCUGUCUAAAGGAUGGGGAGGGGAGAACGCUUACCAUGUUAGCGGUUACCGUUACUUGCUAGUUGAUAAUGACAUGGAAGUUUCCAGAGCUUCUCCUUCGGGGAAGGUAGCAACGUUAGCAAAGGAGACUUUACUUGCAGUAAACAAGCUAAGGGAGACGGUGGAUACAGAAAAGAGCCGUACGAAGGAAGAGAAAGACAUGGAGAUAUGCAUCAGGGCAAAGAACAACGCGUGGGCCAUCGCACGUGUAACGAGAGGUAAAGAGCUUUACAUGGCUUUGGAGAAAGCCAGUGACACUCUUCUUGAUGCUACAGACUCUGUCCAAAGUUUUAGCAACAGGUAUUGCAACGGAACAUUCUCUAUGGACUAGAGCUCUGCAAUCUUUUUUAAUUACUCUCGAGAUAAUUUUCAUUAAGCUUAUCGUUGAGAUUUACAUGAUGAAAGAGAGAUAACUUUUAUUUACAUCUUAAGUAUCAUUCACGAGACAGUUUCCAUGUAUUUACAUCGUUCUUUAUAGCAGUCUCAGUUGUUAUUUAUAUGCACUCGAAUCAUGUCUUCUUCAUCUUUCUUCAAGCGUAAGGAUUGACAUGA